AUGUCCUCCAAGCUGUUUCUCAAGCCCGCCUUGGCUAUUUUGAACGCCGUCACCAAUUCCAAGUCCGCCUUUCUGAACCCUGAUCGAAACUUUGUUCUGAACAAGCUCCUCCGUUGGACAGUCUAUGAUCACUUUUGUGCUGGCACAAAUCGGGAGGAGGUAUCUAGGACAGUGGCGGAGAUCAAGAAAAUUGGAUACCAAGGUGUCAUUCUGGGCUACUCUAGAGAGAUUGUACUGGGUCCAAACGAGAAGCUGGCCCACGAUGACACCGGGUCAACGACUUACAGUGAUAAAUGCUACGAAAUGGUCGAAGAAUGGAAGAAGGGGACUCUGGAGACUUUGCGAAUGGUUGGUCCCGGUGACUUUCUCGCCGUAAAACUCACAGGUGCCGGACCCAUUGCGGUCGACUCGAUGGCAGAACGGAAACCUAUACCCGAGUCAGUCGCAAAUGCGGUGGAUGAAAUUUGCCUCGCAGCGAAAGAUCAGGGGUCAAGACUAUGGUUGGAUGCUGAGCAGCAGGUUCUUCAGCAUGGAUUGGAUGACUGGGCGAUUGAGAUCAUGCGCAAACAUAAUCGUUCAGAGAGCCCUUUGGUAUACAACACCAUCCAAGGAUAUCUGAAAGGAUCCAAGGCAAAUCUUGAUCGUCAUAUCACAUUGGCAGCGCAGGAAGGAUGGUCCCUUGGAAUCAAGCUGGUUCGAGGAGCAUACAUUGAACACGAGACGCGUUCUCUGAUCCACGAUACCAAGGAGGAUACUGAUCGCUCAUAUGAUCUGAUUGCGGAUACAAUGCUGUGUCGAACCAUGCCCGAUAACGCCAAGGACCUCAGGUUUCCCAAUGCUGCUCUCUUUCUGGCAACACACAACGCUGCAAGUGCUGCCAAGGCGAUCGCGACUCAUCAGGCUCUACUAUUGUCUCAUCAGCCUACAGUUUUACUCGAAUGUGGGCAGAUCCAAGGAAUGGCGGAUGAGCUCAGCUGUGAGCUAGUGCAGAACUACGAACAGGCGAUGAAAGAUUCCAAUGCUGCAAAUGUGUCGGUUCCUAAGGCAUUCAAGUGUAUGGCCUGGGGCUCGGUCGCUGAGUGCAUGCAAUAUCUACACCGGCGGGCUAUUGAAAAUAAAGGUGCUGUUGAGCGAACCCAGCACAUGGUCACUGCAUUGCGACAAGAGCUACGGCGGAGGAUUUUUGGUUGA